CACUAACUUAAGUCUCCUCCACGUUCACUAGGAAGUAGUGAGAAGAGAAGUGGAUCCAGUGAAUGAACUGUUUGUUUUCAUCCUCCACCGACCAAGAUACUCACCAAGAAGCUGCUGAAAGAGACAUUUUAACGUCGUUAAAGAAAAUAUUAAAAUAAUAGCAAGACGAUGGCAGAGAAGGUUCUGGUGACCGGUGGAGCAGGCUACAUCGGGAGUCACUGUGUGGCGGAGCUCAUUGAAGCAGGAUACCAGCCAGUUGUGGUUGAUAACUGCAGCAACGCUGUAAAAGGAGGGAAGAACGUGGCAGAGAGCAUUCAACGAAUCCAAAAAAUUCUGGACACCAACAUCGAAUUUCACGAUCUCGACCUUCUGGAUCGGGCUGGAUUGGAAAACCUCUUCAAAAAGCAUUCGUUCAGUGCUGUGAUGCACUUUGCUGGCCUGAAGGCUGUCGGGGAGUCUGUGGAGCAGCCGUUGCGUUACUACAAAGUCAACCUCACCGCUUCCAUGAAUCUGAUUGAGGUGAUGCAGGCUCAUAAGGUGCACAAUCUGGUCUUCAGCAGCUCGGCAACAGUCUACGGAGACCCCCAGCACCUCCCCAUAGAUGAGCAGCACCCUGUGGGGACCUGCACCAACCCCUAUGGCAAGACCAAGUAUUUCAUUGAGGAGAUAAUCAAGGACCACUGUAAAGCUGAGAAGGACUGGAACGCAGUGCUGCUCCGUUACUUCAACCCAAUCGGAGCUCAUGCUUCUGGCAUGAUUGGAGAGGAUCCUCAGGGAAUCCCAAAUAAUCUGCUCCCAUAUGUUGCUCAGGUUGCAGUUGGAAGAAGAGCGUGUCUCAAUGUGUUUGGUAACGACUACGACACGAUCGACGGCACGGGUGUGCGGGAUUAUAUCCAUGUGGUGGAUCUGGCUAAGGGACACAUAGCAGCUUUGAAAAAGCUGAAGGACAACUGCGGCUGCAAGGUUUACAACCUUGGAACAGGAAAAGGUUACUCUGUGCUUCAGAUGGUGAAAGCGAUGGAGAAAGCAUCAGGGAGGACAAUCCCUUACAAGAUUGCUCCUCGCAGAGGAGGAGACGUAGCUUCCUGCUAUGCUGACCCUCAGCUCGCCGAGAAGGAGUUGGGCUGGAAGGCUCAAUUUGACUUGGAAAGAAUGUGUGAGGAUCUGUGGCGUUGGCAGUCCAUGAAUCCCACAGGAUUCAACAGCACAUCUUGAUGCAGCUGAUUUGUUUCUAAAAUGCUGCAAAAAAUUUAAAAUGAUCACUUUUUCAGCAUUUUUUUUCCUAUAACCCAUAAACUUAAUCUCAGGCCUUAAUAUAUAUUUGCAAUCCAUUUUCAGUCUGUUUUUGAAAUAAACUGCAGCUGAAGAAAA